UGGAACCCCGGCGAGGGCCGAGGUGUGGCGAGGCGCGGCAGCCGCCGCCGGGGCUCCCGGGAGGCCCUGCCGGUGCGGCGGGGCCCGGGCAGGCCCGCCGUGGGCAUGGCGGGCCGCACGGUGCGGGUGCAGGGCUUCCCCGCCGAGCUCCCUCCCGACAGGGCGGCCGACAAGCUGACCAUUCACUUCCUGCGCUCCCGCAACGGCGGCGGCGACAUCGCCGACGUGCAGGUGCUGCCCGGCUCCCCGCCCUGCGCCCUCAUCACCUUCGAGGCACCAGAAGUGGCCCAGAGGAUCCUGAAAGUGAAAAACCACGUGCUGGCAAUCGGGAGGACACGGUACCCACUGGAGGUGACGCUGCAUGCUGCAGAGCUGAGCCCCGAUGAGAUCUUCAUACAUGUGUGCAUGACAAUUGACUAUGGCAAGCUGCCCACGGGAAAAACCCUCCUGAGAGACUUGCACAAAGACUACAGCAGUGCACAGUUCAGCUUUGACUCAAAGAAUAUGCACUGCAUAGUCCAGGGACCAUUCACUGAGCUGCAGACCUUCAGCAGAGACCUGCUGGGCAGCCUUAACCCCAGGAGCCAAGCCACUGGUGAGAUCUUCCUGCCAGCUUCCAGCUGUGGGGCCAAAGAGAUGGGAAAACAUGAUCACCAGCAAGUGCCUGACUCCACUGAGUCAGCACAAGAGACAGCAAAGCUGCCAAACUGGGACCAGGUGCAUGAAACGGCAGCUAAAGUCCCAUCACCUCAGAGCCCAGUGGGUGGGGAAGCUGUGGAACUUUUGGGGAAGCUGGAGGACUUUUCCCUAGCAAUGGAUUCAGACAUUUACUUGUACAUGCAGAGGUUCUGUGCUGCUGAGUACCAAGGUGUGCUGCACCAACAUCACAUAGACGUGGUGGAUGUCACUGGCGAUGGCAUUGCUGUAUUGUACCUCCAACCAUCUGGAGGUCUGUCUGGGGACAUGGAUGCCUUGCAACAGGCCCACCUGGCCCUGCAGCAGCUCUACCAGCAGCUGGAGGUGAGCCUGCGCAAGGAGAAGAUUGCUAAGGAAGGGCUGGGAAUAGACAGCCAGGCACUCAGGGCUCUUACACAUGAGCUGCAGAAGCUGUGUCCCCAGUUGCUCUGCCAUGAGGAUGUGAAGCAGAUUUAUCUUGUUGGAAACCUUGUUGAUGUGUCCCAGGCCAAGCAGUUCCUUCAGGAUUCUAUCACCAGGAGAGGUGCUGCACACACGGUUGACACACUGAGCAGCUCCCAGCCCUCUGGCACCACAGAGGCUGCACAACACAAAGUGCCUGUGGAUACUUCAGGCACAAGACCUAGCCCAAGCAGGCCGGAGUUGAAAAGUGAGUUUAAGCUAGCUGCCAACUUCAGUACCCUGAAAGCUGACAGGUCUCAGGCUGGCCAGGGCCUCUUGCUGCAUCAGGACUCUCCACCGGUGGGACAGGUACAGCUUUCUGAGAAACAUUCAUCAGAGACAGAUGCUCCUGGUCUGAGUGACCAAAGGCCACUGACCCGGCAGUAUCGGCCUUCCACCCCUAUGACAGAUAAAGUUCUGGGGUCAGCAGCAGAGCCUCAGCAGAACAACCCCACAGGAAAGGACCAUGGGGAAGGAGGUGCCAGACUCACAGGACAAAAGGUGAUGUUGGCCUUUGCAGGCAAAGAAAACAGUACUUUCCAGCAUCCUGAGGACUCUAAAGGCUCAGGUCCCAUUGGGCACCACUCCCACACUGGCCUCUCCAGUAUCUGUGAUGUGACAUGGACCUCUCUUGCUUUAGGCUCCAAACCCUCUGCAUGUGCACCUGCGCUGCGGCGGUCCAACAGCUUCUCCCUACCAAGGGCAAAGGAAAGCAAGAACUCUGGAGACUGCAGCACCAGGAUGAGUGAGGAAAUGAGCCUGGACUCUCUGCAGUGGUUUUACCUGAAAGAUGUCUGCCAUGCUACUAUUGAUGAGCUGUGCAGGGCUGGAGGGGUGCACAUCUCAGAGCGCCACGCUGGGGACUGCACAGUGCUAACACUGCAGGCAGCGGACCGGAGAAGGCUGCUCCAGGCUAAAUGGAAGGUGGAAGAUCUUGUGCAGAAGUGCCCUGACUUGGUGUGUCAGAGUGUGAGCUACUCAGAGCUUGCUGUCAGUGGUCCAGAUGACAGUGCCCUGAGUGAACUGUGCAGCCUCUUGCGAGGAAAAUCCUUCCAGGUUGGACUCACCAAAGACAAGUACAAGCUCUAUCUUGCCUGCCCCAAGGAGAUGCUGCCAGGAGUGACUGAGGCUUUCCACGUGUUUUCAUCCAGGAGGCUCUGUGCCGUGAAGUCUUCAUCCAUGUCUCCUGGACCUGAGAGUACAGGGAAAUCAAGUGUCAUCCAGCCAAGAAGAAGCCAGGACCCAGCCCUUCCUGGCGGCCUGAACUCCCUACAGCACCUGAACAUCAGCAAUAAAGUAGACUCUACGGAUGUGCUCAGGGCUUCCUGGGUGCCAGAGGCGGAGGAAAAGAGGUCUCCCAGUGCUUGGAGCUUCCAGCAGGCUUGGGGGCAGGAGGGGGCCAGGGCCCAUAUUGAUUCUGGGUCUGAGAGAGAAGGAAGCAGCUUUCUGAGCUUUGUUCUAGGGGAAAAGCCAAGUCCUCCUGGCCUGAGGGAGUUCCAGGAAGAGCGGAAGACAAAACUGUCCCUGGGGGAACCUGACACCACCCGACUAAAACAAGUCUUGCCAGACAGAUUCCAGUUUGCAAGAGACAAGAGCAGAGGAGGCCACAAUGAAGCAAUGGGACAGCAACACUGUCCAGUCCCUGCAGCUGACAGGGCCCCUCACUCUCUGCCCACCUGGCUACUCAGGGCCACGGCUGCUGGGCCACCACCAGCUGUGGCCCAACAGGCACCUGCAGCAGAGCUUACAGAUCAGGGAAGGGCCCGGUUCCCAGGGGGUAGGAGCAGUGAACAGGAGGAGCCCAACCUCCCAUCACAGCAGACAAGAGACCCCAGUCUUGGAAAGGAAAGCAGCACGAUCCCUCUGGGCCUGUGUGAUGCUUGCCAGGGCUCAGGUGUGACCUGCCAGGGCCCCUGUGGCCAUGCCUUGUGCAGGACAUGUUUUGCAGCAGACAAUAUGCAGCCAGCUUGCUGCACAUCCUCCUCAGCUGUCCAAAGCUGCAAGAUCUCGGGGACACUGAAGAUCUCCUCCCUGUCUCAGAGCCUGCCUGGAUACUAUCGGGACCCAACACUUCACCUUGCUUACAGCAUCCCUGAUGGCGUGCAGGGGGUUGGGGACCCUCGCCCAGGACAGCCUUACAAAGGGGGGAAUUUUUGUGCCUUCCUGCCUGAUAACAAAGAAGGGCUGAAGACAGCAAAGCUGCUGAAGAAAGCAUUUGAUCGUGGGCUGACAUUCCAGAUCAAGUCCUGCAAUGGAGAGGAAAGAGUAACAUGGGGCCUUAUCCCCCACAAAACAUCCCGGGAUGGAGGCAAAGCCAGGAAUGGCUACCCGGAUUCCCAGUACCUCGAUGAGGUCAGCACAGUUCUGAAUAAACUGGGCCUUGUGUGAUUUUCCCACAGCCACAGCCUGUGGCUUCCCUUUGCCUUCUUUUCCUGCUGAGAAAACUGCAGCUUAACAGACAGUUCAGGAAGAAGCAUGUGUUUGUCAAAGGGGCUCCUGUGUUCCCCAGAUGGAGCCAGAAGUCUGUACAUUAGUAAAGAGCAGCACCUCUGUCCCUGCCCCAUGCAGGCCUCAGUGCUUCCCAAAAACCCCAGCUCCUCUUGGAUGCAUGUUGUGCCAGUCACUCACAGAGCUGAUUUCAGCUGAUUGCAGGCUGAGUCCUGUGUGGCUUUCAGAAGCACAUACAAACCUGGGCAGGAAUCUGCACCUAGUCCAGCCCCAGCUUCUGGAAGUCUCUUCCACCUCCUGCCACUACAGGCAGGUUCCAGCUCAGCUGCUGCCAGAGAUGAACUGUCUUUAGUGUCAGCUCUUGUCACUGACAGCUCAGGCCCCAGCAGACAGCCCCAUGCUCCAGCCCCUCCCCAGCACCUGCUCUGAGGCCACAGAGCAACCACAGCCGCUGCCUCCCAGGGACAGUAUGCUGACAAAUAAACAGGAUUUAUUCUCAUGGUUGGUAGUGGCUGUUCAUGCCUGUCUUACCCUCAGCCAAGGCACU